AUGAAUAUUCCUAAAGCAAAAGCCUACAUAGAGACACGAGUAUUAGUAGCACCUAUGGACUACCCCGGCCAACUUCAUAUAUGGUGUGGAAUUAUUUGCCAUAUUAAGAAUGGUAAUUCUUCUGGAAUACUAGAACAAAUUUUGCAUGUUGUUCCAAUGAUUGGAUCUUUGCAUGUUUUGGCACAAAAGCCAAAAUCUUAUAAAAUUAAUUUAAUUUUAAAAAUAGUAUCGCAAGGCUGGUCUCAAGUUCGUUCUAUAAUUGUAUGA